AUGGCAGUCAGGAGCAUUUUUUUCGUCUGCAUUGCGCUCCUCAUUGCGACCUCCGCGGAUGCGCAGCGUGGUCCGCCCGGCGGAGGCCCUCCCAGAGGCCAGCAGCCCGGGGGGGCGCGCGGAGGACCUGGCGGGCCUGGCGGGCCUGCUGGCCCGCGCGGCCCUCCACUGAAUUUGACGGUCGUCGGCAAUCUGACGGGGGAAGUUGGUGCGCGAUUGGCUAACUGCUCCGCGGACCCGACGUUUCUCGACGGCCGCUUUCACCUCGCCAUCUUCAAGAACGCGAGCGGCAGUUACAACCUGGCGGUCGACGCGCUCCUCGUGGGCGCCACGGGCGGGCCGCCCGACUCCCUCGCGAUCGUGAAGGGCGCAGUCUGCGACUCCUCCGCCUCCGCCGCCGCGAUCCUCGCGAUUCCGGUGGCGGCGUCCGACUGGCAGCAGCGCGACGGCUGGUGGCUGCUGCACGCGGAGGCUCGGCUCGACGCGUUCCUCGAGAACGCGGACGCCGCCACCGUCGACGCGCUCCUCGUGCUUCUCCCCAACGCGACGCUGCCAGCGGCGCGCGGCGGCGGCCGCGGCAACGGCAGCGGAGGCGGAAGCGGCGCGGGUGGCGCGCGCAGCGGACAGGGCAGCAGGCGCAUGGGGAGGGAGCUGCUGAUGCGCGCAGCGGAGCGCGUCACUGGCGCGAAGCAGGGGGGGCAGCAGCUGGGGACGCCGCAGCCGCCUGCAGGUGGUUCCUCAGGUGGUUACCCAGGCGCUGGGGGUGCGGGGGGGAUGAUGGCGGGUGGCGGGAUGAACGCGACUGUGAGUGGGUAUGCCGUGUUGGCCACUGCCACUGCGGGGGAUGUGGCGUGGGGCGGCCAGCUCAUGGGCGUUAAACUGCCCUCCGCCGCUGCCUGA